AUGUUAGUACAUGACUCUUAUGCAAUGUUCGUUUAACAUUGCUUUAACGUGCUACAUAUAUUUAAAUAUACGUAACAACUGAAGAUGGGUUCAGAUUGUAAGCGUAAACUUACGAACUGGGUAGGAAGACUACAGUCUUGCUGUGUACCCAAUAAGGUAUAGGUAGAGAAACAACUGUCUUGCAUCUUAUACGAGACUUACGAAAGAGCGGUGUUUGUUUGUUUGCGCGCAGUUUAGAACGCGCGGGUCACUUCGUUGCCAAGCUCUCCAAGGCAGCAAAGAAGACUCGUUGUAGUUGUCGAGGGGAAAGAUGAUGACGUCUAGCGUGACCUAGGAGAAUAUCCUCAAAUCACGCUGGGAUUAGGAGGGAUUCUUAUGUGUGGUCAAAGUAAAGACAAGUUGUCUGUGUAACAAUCUUACAAAGAUAAUCAGGCAACAUCUAAAGACUAUGAAAAAUAUUAAUUAUUUAAAUUUCAGUUUAUAUUAUUAGAGAUGAUCCAGCGUUGAUAGACUCACGUGUGACGAUGAAUACGGAAAAGAUACAAGAAGAACUUUAGAUGUUCAUAAUGCUGAAUAUAUCACAGAUUCAUGGUUACAUUCGACAAGCGGUGAAACUUUACAUAAUAAUGCGCUGGUCCCUUCUUUAGCAGGUCCAGAGCCUAACAACGGAUGGCUUCUUCUAACAAACAUUUAAGUACUCAUGUUUAUUUUCAUAUGGACAGGUCUUCACGGCCAAAAUACGGAAGCGGUUUUAAUAUUUCUGGUCCACUUUUUGAGGCUCAACGAGGAGGUAGCAACAACGAAAAACCAAGGAAUAAGGAGAACACUCCGCUUCUCUCUUUUAGGCCUAGCCAACUUCAAGACAGCCGCACUUCCGAUACUGUCAGAGAUCACCCAGCCAGACUACGGUUCAUCGAGCCGUCAGCCGUCGGAGAGAUGGGAAGAGAACAUUCUCGCCCAGACUAUGACGACUUCGAUGCGUUCUGCCAAACACCAACCAUGUUGUCUCCAGAAGUGUUCUUCAAGGAGAAGAACAAACGAAAGCUUUGGCAUUGUGGUUCUUCGAAAGACAAAUACGAGAUGCAAUAUGAAGACUGUCUACAACCGUUCAGUCAUCGGUCCCUACGACUUCAGGAAACCGCCUUGGAAGACCGAAAACGGACUCAAAAUCAAACUCGAAGACCGAAGGAUGAGUCGAAAGGACUAAAACGGUUACCGUCAGCUACUGGAUCAAGCGAAUCGGCUGAAACGUCCAAGCAUCAAGAUGUGCAAGACUGCAUCAUAAUUCCUGCACACUUAAUGGGCCGUUUCAUGCCAUUUUAUCAGGAAGGCCAAGUCAGUAGUAUGCCUUCUCAAGCCUUAAGCAUGAUAGAGCUGAAAGACCCUAAAAUCUGCAUAAUUAUUGACUUCGGGGAGAAUGCAGCCUUCGCCUCUCACGAUCAUUUAUCACCUACCUCGACAGUAGGCACUCCGUCUCGAGAGUGGAUUUCUACCCAGCUUGACAUACAGCGGAAGAAAUUUGAGUGUGUUCGAGAAUCGCAAGCCGCCACCGAGGGAAUGCUCUUGAUUAAUGUAGAACGAUGCAGCCAGUUUCCAUUCAUGACUUACCUGGUGCUGAAUACGAACCACAGCGAACCCAAUCGACUAAUCGAACAGUUAGAGGAUAACUUUUCAACAGCACAGUGUCCAGAACAACUACAACAUUUAGCUGUUUAUGAAGAGGUUGCAACAAUUGCAAGACUGCCGUUGGACAUGUUACCCAAGACACCAACAACGGAUAGAACUGGAUACAUUAUCUCAGCUUUUAGGGUACUUCCAGGAGAAGAUCGGGAGAAAUUGGAGCAGAACUGGCUGACCUGGACAGGGGCAAGACACCUGUACAAGAGCCUACCGAAGAAUCUUGGGUUGCGGAGGAUCACAUUUCACAAGAGGAGGAUUCCGGAUCGGGGAAUCACGUACGUCUUGUUAUGUGAGUGUGCAGAUUUGAUGAGCUACGUUACUGAAGCUUGUGUAUACGUAGACCAAUUGCGAGCCAGAUGUUGUGGUUACAUCGCUUUCUUUAGAGUGGUCGAGGUGUUUUGAAGACUUAGGCCUUAAGUGAAUUUUGGGUUGCAGCUGUGAUUUCCUAAGUGCCAUUCUUCUGCUGUGAGCCUCAGAUUCAUAUCCGUAUUCCACACGAGUUUGUUACAAUAUUCUACUUUGUAUGUUUCUAGCCAAGGAAUAAUGGUAUCAUUGUAUCCUAAAACACUAAGGCCAUCUAUUUUAAUUGGAAGUUUUGUACGUAUCUACUGUUAUGGUAUAAUUCCAAUCCCAAAAUCUCCCCCAUUCUAAGAAAGCGAUGUUUGAUACAGACAUUUAUUUUGUGUUAACGAUAUAACAAUAUAAGUUUUGACAGUGUCGUAUGAAAAAUAACGUUGAGAACAUUAAUUCAUAUCAGACAUAGUGCAUGAAUGUUAGUUUUAUAACUCGUGAGUUAUACGAGUGAAAGUCAGAGUGCAUCAUUUGGAGAUCUCAAACAUACUUUACUUUAUAUCUUUUUUCAUUUAACAAAUCACCGAAGUUUGUAACAUUAAUAAAAACAAAUCAGCACUUUAAAGGUUUUUUUUCCAUUAUAUUUUUGUUGAUGUGUUUUUCAUAAAACAAAUAUUGGAUCAAAUUAUUUAAACUGCCCAACUGGCUCAUAACAUAUUCUUUCAAAAUUUAACGAUCCUAAAAGCGGUUCAAAUUCUUAAAAUUAUUUUAAACCUAAAU